CGCCGCCACAGCACCGCGCUAUGAGGGCUCCUCCACUGGGCCCUCUCUGGCUGGCCCGGGCGCCCCGCUCGGCUGCCCUAGCCUCGGCCCGACCCGGCCAUCCAUGUCCAGGGCCUGCGUCGUCCAAGCUGCCGCACGCUGCAGACCCAGGAGCCCGGACGCCCACGCGCCCCUACUAGAGGCGCGCAAUGCGGGGGUCUAAGACGCGCGCAAGCGGGCCGGAGGGCGCACCUACAUGCGGAGGGGGUCUCCCCGAGGCAGGACAGCCAGGAGCCCGGGCUCUCAGCUCUUCCCAUCCGAGGCGGUGGGAACGGCUCCGAAGGGUGUGGAGCGGCUGGGAGGAGCCCCCCGUCUCCACACCCUAGUGGCCGAGCCCUUAGGCCAGCUAGGGUGUGCGGUGCGGGGUGCAGGUGUGGGUGCGCAGUGGGGAAGUGGGCAUGAGUGCGGGGUGCGGCUGCGAGCGCAGGGUGUAAGGACGCGCGGACUAAGGGUGCAGGUGCACGUGCAGGUACAGAGUGGGGAUGCGGCCGAGCGCAGGUGGGGCCGCAGAGCGGCCUGGAGCCCUGCUCAGGGAGGAGCGCGCCCGGGUCGCCGCCGCGGCAGAGCGGGAACACGCGGAAGGAUGCCAAUCGCAGCAUGGGACAAGGAGCCAGGUUAGGAAUCUGGAGCAAUGGGCGACUGGAGCUUUCUGGGGAGACUACUCGAGAACGCGCAGGAGCACUCCACGGUCAUUGGCAAGGUCUGGCUGACGGUGCUGUUCAUCUUCCGCAUCCUGGUGCUGGGCGCCGCGGCCGAGGAGGUGUGGGGCGAUGAGCAGUCUGACUUCACCUGCAACACCCAGCAGCCCGGUUGCGAGAACGUGUGCUACGACCGUGCCUUCCCUAUCUCGCACAUCCGCUUCUGGGCGCUGCAGAUUAUCUUCGUGUCCACGCCCACCCUCAUCUACCUGGGCCACGUGCUGCACAUCGUGCGCAUGGAAGAGAAGAAGAAAGAGAGGGAGGAGGAGCAGCUGAGAAGGGACAACCCGCACCACGACGCCGCUGAGCUCUGCGUGCCCGCCGGCCACCAGGAGCCCCUGGGCUCGCCGGGCACGCAGGACAAGCCCGCUGCCCCGGUGCGGGACGACCGCGGCAAGGUGCGCAUCGCGGGCGCGCUGCUGCGGACCUACGUCUUCAACAUCAUCUUCAAGACGCUGUUCGAGGUGGGCUUCAUCGCCGGCCAGUACUUCCUGUACGGCUUCAAGCUGCAGCCGCUCUACCGCUGCGACCGCUGGCCCUGCCCCAACACCGUGGACUGCUUCAUCUCCCGGCCCACGGAGAAGACCAUCUUCAUCAUCUUCAUGCUGGCCGUGGCCUGCGCGUCCCUCGUACUCAACGUGAUAGAGAUCUACCACCUGGGCUGGAAGAAGCUGAAGCAGGGCGUGACCAACCACUUGGGCCCGGACCCCUGCGAGGUCAGGCUGGGCGCCGCCGAGCCCCCGCUAGCGCUCGCGGAGCGCCCCGGGCCGCCCUCCGUCGCCAUCGGCUUCCCGCCCAGCUACGCGCAUGCCGCCGCGCUCCCGCAAGGACCGGCGCGGGCCUCGCCGCCCGCCGCUGGCCUGAGCGCGGCGGCCGCGGCCGAGGAGCGCGGGAAGGGCCAGGCCCUGCCCACGACCGAGCAGAACUGGGCCCCCACCCCAGUGGCCGAGGGGCAGCCGUCGUCGAGGAAGGCAUCGCCGGCCGCGUCCAGCGCGGCCGCCCCGAGCCCCGCGGGCAGCAGCGCCAGCAGCCAGCCGCCCCGUCCCGAAGCCGGGCCGGGGGGCUCGGCUCCCCUGCUGCUGGGGGACGCGAGCGGCAGCGGCUCGGAGGAGGUGCCCUUGGGGGCGACGCCGGAAGAGGAGGAGCCGGCCGUGACCACCGCGGCUGAGAUGCACGCGCCGCCCUUGCUCGAGGCGGACGCGGGCAGGUGCAGCAAAGCCAGCGGCGGUCGGGCCAGACCGAGUGACUUGGCCAUCUAGGGAUGGUCUCUCCAAGACAGCUUUGUAACCACCUUUUUCUAGGCACCAAAGUACCAGUUCGAAUCGGCAGGUAGACUGCCCGAAAGGUGAGAGCGCUCCGGCGUCCCCGGCGGACGGAGGCACCGGGCUCCCGGGUUUAGUGCUUUGCUGUUCUUGACGCUGUGAGUUCCCCUGGGGGUGACGCCGACGCCGGUGGCACGGAGCUCUGCGGCCCCUGUAGGUAGCUGGGGAAGGGGGUGGCAGCGUCGGCGGCCCCUCCAGCCCCGGGGGCCAUCAGGUUCUCCAUUCCUGAGCUCUCCGGAGCCUCUGCGCAGCCCCGGGGGGACGCAGACACACUUAGCUCUAUCUCUGUUUGAUACUUUUAACUUAGAGUUGAAUUUCAUUUGGGCUGUUGGCCAAACUGCACUAAAAAAAGAUUGAGAGCGAGGCCGCGGAGUGUCAUUUGAGUUUCUGAAAUCGCAUGUGAAGGCCAGGCUAUCAGGCUGCAGGCUUCAUGACAGGUGACAAAGAGCAGGCACCCUGCAGAGGCCGAGGCCGCGGAGGGUGCUGGGUAGGAGCCAGGUGGCCGGGCAGCACACUCGGGGUGGUUUUUAAGCGGCUGCGCGAGUUGACAUGACAGUGUGUCCGGUAUGCCUUAGGUAUUUAUUUUUUAAAUAUUUUGUGCUUUGAUGUGAAUGGUACAGGUGUGCCCAUUUUCUCCCCCAGUUUUGGAAGAAAUGAAAAAAAAAAAAAAAAGUCCAGAAUACUUAUUUAUCCUAAUACACAUCAGCAACGAGUUCGGGCUUUUUUUUUUUUUUUUAGAAAUUUUUCGAUUUCAUGAGCCAGCAAAUUACUAUGAGAAGGUACUACUAUCUAUGUUAAAAGCAGGGAGGGGGGAUUUAAGUGCAUUUCAAAUACUUGAAGUUGUGAAGUUUUUGAAUGAGAGAUCCAAAGGUAGCUACUCUUGCCAGGAAAAUUUAUGCAGAGAAACCAUGAUGAUCUACACUUUAACAACAACAACAAAGUGCAAAAGAAAAUGCUUCAAGUUUCCUCGGCUUUCUUUGUGGGUAGCCUGUUUGCUUUCUAAAAUGUAAAUAAAAGUGUCUGGGUUUUA